UUUAUUUUCAAAAUGGCUGGGAACACAGGGGACGAUGAUCUGGAAGAGUUUCUCGCCAAAGUCGAUAAGUUGCAGAGUAUUGUUACUGGAAUGAGCAGUGAUGACAAAGAGGUUCAGGAGGAAUUCAUACAAAAAGCAGAUGAGGAACUAACCAAGGAGCAUGUAUCUAAGACAGUCAAUAGAACAGUGAUCAAUAAAGAUGCAUAUAAGUAUGACACACCAGAACCAGCACCUUCAGAACCAGAUGGACAGGUAGACCAGGAUGCAUUCUUGAAAAACUUGGAAGCAGACGCACAAGCUAGAUAUGAAAGAAAACAAGCAAGUAGAAAAAGAGCCACUGUCAUUAAAGAUAAAGGCAAUCUAGCAUUUAAAAAUGGUGACUUUAAACGAGCUAUUGAACUGUACAGUGAUGCAAUGGACAUCAUUAAAGAUUACUCAGACUUGUUCACCAAUAGAGCACAGGCAUACAUCAAAAUCAGUGAAUAUGACAAAGCUAUUGAAGACUGUGAUUUCGCUAUGCGAAUAGACGAGAAGUGUGUUAAAGCAUACAUAACGAAAGGCAGGGCCUAUCUAGCUAAAAAGAAGUACACUAAAGCCAUCUCAACUUAUGAAGAGGUCCUUGAAUUUGAUCCAAAACAAGAGAAAAUAGUGAAAGAAUAUAUUGCUGCAGCAAAAUUAGCCAAAGCUGCUGCAAAAGCAGAAAAAAAAGUUGAACUUUUAUACGAAAAAGGCAAUGAAGAAAUCCAAACUAUUGCUGAACUUUUGAAAAAAAUAAAAAAAGAAGACCAACCAGCUUUGUAUUAUACUGGUGGUUGCCAGUUGUUGGUGCCUAUGUUGAAGGAUAAAAUGUCUUGUACAUUAUUUAGAACACAUGGUGGGUUUUCCAUCAUCUCCAGCAAUGAAGUGAUCAUCAGAUGCAUGACUAUGUCAGACAACUUAUCAUCAGAGCAAGUUGACUUAUGUUCCACGGUUUUGGAUCUUUACACAGCAUCUUGUAAAAAUAUUGAAGAGAAUCAAAAAGUGCUUUCAGAGAUGCCAGAAUUAUUAGAUAAGUGUAUGGAUAUGUUGGAGACUUCACAAUACCCACAGAUCACGGAGGCAUGUGUAGUUUUUAUGUAUACCAUGUCUCAGAAUGAUGUUGGUAAAAAAGCCAUAGUCAACAAACUAGACAUUGUGAGAUUAAUACAAAGUUUAUUUGAACUCAUAAUGGCAUCCAGCAAAGUAUCAAAGGAAGCGGUUGACACAUUAACUAAUCUAGCAACAGAAAAAAGAUUUCUUCACAAAGUUUAUGCUAGAAUUAAGGAUCCAGUUCUACCAUUGAUAGAAAAACUUUUG